ACGAACUCAAAUUCCCCCAUUGAAGAGAGAGAAAGAGGAGAGAGAGACAGCGAGAAAUGGCGAGAGACAGCUGUUUGGCGCGUGUGACGGCGGGGGUAGCCGUCGGUGGUGCAAUUGGUGGCGCUGUUGGUGCUGUUUAUGGGACAUAUGAGGCUGUUAGAUACAAGGUUCCCGGCUUAAUGAAAAUUCGAUACAUUGGACAAACUACUCUGGGAAGUGCUGCCAUUUUCGGUCUCUUUUUGGGAGCUGGAAGCUUGAUACACUGUGGAAAGUCAUACUAAGGAUUUCUUUUAGUGCUGACUAAAACUCUUUUUGUCUCAAGAUCAUAGAACAAUAUCAUCAUUAUCAGAAGAAUGCUUCGUGUUCUUCCGAUUUGUUUUACGUUCUGUAAUUUUCCGGUUCAAACCGAGUUUUCUCUUAGCUUUUACCUCCAUUUAAUGGUGGAGCCUUACCCGUUCUGAAUCUUGAUUAGUCGAGCUAGUGGAUUUCUGAGACCGGAUGGUUAAAC